UCCGUUUGUGGUGACGUGCUUUCUCGGCUUCCUUACUUUCAGACAUUUUAAGACAACGCAAACGAAGCCCUAACCCAAAAAAGAACAAAUGCUGCCGUAUAAACGACAAAAGUGGACGACAACAACAAUAACAUGUCGGAGCGACGCCGCGCUUUGCCGUCGUGGAUGUCCAAAAUGUGCGACGAGGGGAAGGAAAAGCAGCCUCUGAAGACCACCAGAAAGAAGAAAGUAGCGCGGGCUGUUUUCUAUUGCAUGAACACGAACGAGCUGCUCGAAGCAGCUGCUGCGUAUCUUGGCUACCAGCAUGGGACUCCCCUGUUCGGCCAGCAGGUGACGCCGUUUCCUCCUUUGUUCGACAUUACAUUAGUACCGGCUCAAUCCAAGAUGAAGGAUGCCGCUCGAAAAAGUGUCUCCUCUGUAAAGAGGACGGGGAAGCAGGUGGCUUUAGAGAAAGAAGCGGUGCGUGAAGAGACCUACGUCUCAGAAACAGACUUGGAUGUUGCCGAGAUGGAGACUGUGCCUUACACCGGAAGCGACCAGAAGGAGGAAGACGAGGCUAGGCAGCAGACGGCGAAAACAGAGAAGCAGCAUUUGACUGAAAACCAAGGCGGUGACGACGCCAUGCGCCUUGUACGAGAAAUCUUUUUCACCUGACAAUACGCCACAUACGUCAUAGUCACACUGUUGUUGUAUUGCGGGGAUAUGCGACACCUACCCCCAAUAGGUGAAAAUCCAUAAUAAAGAGGGAUAUUUUUUCUCUUAUAUAGUUUUACACUCAAACACUUUUAACACGUUUAAACCAGGGAUGCAUGGUCAAUAUUUUUUUUUCAAGCCGAUACCGAUAACUUGGAUUGGAUCUUGGAUUUUCUUUUUCAUUUUUUUUUCUUAAUCAAAGCUAUUUUUAAUGUAAUCGGAUUUAUCCAUACGACAUAAUUCUACAAAUCGACUCGAUAAUUAUAUGUCUGAUAAUUAUCGUGCAUCCCCAAUUUAAAGUUAUUAAAACAUCCGUAUCCCAAUCACUCCCGUGGAACUUCAUAUUUGUCAAGCGGAAUCCAACUGUUUAGUGCCACGGACAGACGUAUAUAGUUGUCAAGUAUGUUGUUCAACGGGUAGUCUGGGAAUACGGUCUUUUUGCUCAGCUUGUCUGAAAUUCAGGUUUGUAAACCACUAUAAUGACUAACAGAUCCCUGUAGAGGGCUGCGUUGCAGCGUUUUGGAUGUGAGUUCAGCACAGCUUUUGAGUCGAAGAAAAUCUCAUCACAUCGAUUAUGAGGGGGAGAAAUGCCAACACAUUGGACGUCGGACAGGUUUAGGCACCUCACACUCCCAACGGAGUUGCACUGGUGGACCUCAAUAAAUGAAAAUACUAUUAGAUGCAUCUGUAUAUGUAUAGUAUGAACAGACGGUGUCACAUUAGAAAAUGUCGUGAUUGUGAGAAAAGAUGAUGCAGUUCAUGGAGUGAAUGACCAACUCUGCGUAAAAACACCGCUGACGUUUAAAAUUGAGUCAAUGUCGCUCACAGAACAGUUCUUAGUUAUAUAUCUGAAUAAAUAAAUGGAUUAUUUUGUCAUCAAAACCCCUUUCUCAGUCUUGUUUAUUGUUGUUGUUUCAUAGUUUGAGGUGUCACAAAAGCAAACUAUGUUGGCACCAAAGGCACUGUUCUGCUUUACGUUUCUUUUCACAAAAAGCUUGUUUAGAUAAUGAUAAAUUAGUGUCUUUGAUCAUGUAACUUACAUGCAAACCUUUCGAGAUGACGUAAGGGUUUGUUAGCGGUGUUUUGUAUUGCUGAUACCCGGAAGUGCGUGUGACGUCUAUAAAGUGUUUCGCUUCUUUGCAUUCCAAUCACCUUUCAGUAAGAUGCAGUGUGGGCGGUAUUCUACAAUGGCGUGUUCAGUGAGCCCAAUUUCGCCAACUAAUGGGGUAUCGGCAGUGACGAGCGGCCCUGAACGCAGCACUCAACCCAAACCACAUCUGUAAAACUCAAGUCAGUUAUAGCCCAUCAGCAGCCAGCUGAUCGCUGUGUUUACUUCCUAGGUGCACUUUAAUGGCAGUUGCAUGACCGCUUUAGUCGAUAUUCAAACAAAUAUUUACAAGAAAGCUCUGAAACGUGAGUAAAUAGAAGCUUUCGACGGGACGUCAACGGGUUCACGGGAGCGCGCGCGUUGGCAACGACAGAGGAGGCAGGCGCGAUCCCGAGGGAAGACGUUUAGCGCGGGGACGCGCGCCCGCCACGGGAAAGAAGGCGAGUGUCCGUGCUUUCCUCCAUCGUCGGCCAGCCAGCGUCCAUCAAGGUUCACAAUGGGAAACAAGAUUAUUCGGAGGCGCGAGUCUGCAGUCAGCGCUCCUGGCUCACAGCAGGAUCCAGCCGAAGACGAAAAGACCACGCCGAAAGCAGGUGCUGAUGUGACUGCGGCUCAGCAGACUGUGCCAGCAGACGACUUGGACGUAGCGUUAGGGCAACAAGUGGCUGAGACGCCAUGUCUCCCCAAUGAAGAGUGCGUGUGCGUUCCUGAACCAAUGCAAGAGGCGUGUGUUAAGGUGGAUUUUGAGACCCUGCCAGUCUCGGAGAAUGCGCAAGUCCAAGAUGAGGAGAACGAUCCAUUUUCGUCUGCAUCUCCUUCACUUGACCUGAGCACCCCUCUUUCUUUUCCCCAACCCACAAUCACCCCGCCGUACCAAACACCCAUCCCGGAGGAAGAGUUUGCAGACGUUCCCGCCGCUGAGGGAACUUCAGAUGGCACCGGGGCUGCUGUGAGCUCUACCUUGGAUCCAGAUCCUGCGUCGGAGGCAGGGGAUGCUGGGAAUUUGGAGACAGGGACUGAUGAGAAUUCAGAGGAAAGCCUAAGUAAAUGCCUGAAGGAGUUGUCGCUGAUGGGAAACGAUCCAGACCUCAUUGACCAGACCCCCAUCAACAUUGGUGUGUCCGCUGAGCUGGUCUGUGGAUCAGAAGAUCUGUAGUCCCUCUAUGACAGGGGUGUCAAACUCUUUGUCUCAGGCUGCAUUGUAGUUAUGAUUUCCCUCAGAGGGCCGUUAGAACAGUGAAACCAUAUAAAUGUUUAAUCAUCACCAAAACAUUAUUACCAUUACACAACAAAUUGAGGGAUAACUAGUUUUGAAAUCAGAAGACAAGGAUAAUAGUUUGUUCAAGUAUUGUGUAAGUUACUGUAGACAAAGGGUUUGGUAACAGAAAAAAGCAAUAUCUCAACAUUAUUGUGUAUUAUUAUGACAAUUUGGAAUUUGGGUACAGAUUUUAGCAAAAAUCACGGAAGUUGAUGAGCAUGAUUUGCUUUCCCGGGCCACAUAAAAUGAUGUGGCGGGCCGCAUCUGGCCGCCGGGCCUUGAGUUUGACACCAUGCUCUUUGAGAAUCCUCAAGGAAACACAGACACUGAUGUCCUUGGUUUUUGUAACAAUAAAAGAACAGCUUCA